AUGGGUAAGAAAGUGCUCUGUGGCUACGGCAUCGAUGUGGAUGCUGUGAGUGCUUGGAUGAUGCCUCGGGAGGGUGGAUGUUGCACCGACAGAACCAACAUGUCUCGCGGCGUGUUUGGGGCAACGGUUGGCCUCGAUCGAGUCCUGAAGCUAUUCCACAAGUACAACAUAAAGGCGACGUUCUUUACGCCGUGCCAUACCCUCGAGUCGUUUCCGUCACAGCUGGCCAAGGUGCGCGACGCCGGUCAUGAAAUUGGUAUGCAUGGCUACACCCAUGAGUUCGUCUCGGACCUCUCCGAGGAACAGGAGCGCGACAUUCUGACCAAAUGCAUCGAUGUCAUUACCAAAUUCACGGGGAAGAAGCCUCGAGGCUGGACAGCGCCCGCGUGGACGCCGUCAACGAAGACGGUCGAGAUCCUGGAGGAGGCCGGCAUCGUCUACGACCAUUCCUUCAUGCAUCACGACUGUCAACCAUAUUGGCUCCCGCACAAGAACAGCGUCACCGAGAUCAACCUCAAGAUGAAGGCGGCUCACUGGAUGAAGCCCAUGACGGCACUGCAGCCUUCCAAGAUCGUUGAGAUCCCCGCCAAUUGGCACCUGGACGACUGGCCGCCACUGAACGUGGGCCAGAUUGUCGGGCAAGGCUUCGUCGACCCGGACGUCGUGCUGAAGCUCUGGAAGCGACAGUUUGACUUCUACUACCGCGAGUACGACUCGUUCAUCUUCCCCAUCACCUGCCACCCGCAAGUGACGGGGAAGGCGCAGGUGAUCUUGAUGCAGGAAGAGAUGAUCGAGUAUAUCAACAGCCACGAGGGCGUGCAAUGGGUGCCGCUGGAGGAAAUGGCGAGACAAUUCAAGGACGGUGAGCUGUCGGGCGCCACGGUAUUCGGAGGUGUAGACGUGUGA